AUGACUACUCCUCAAAGACAAGAUUUUAUACUGUUCAGUGACCAAUCUGUCAUACCUACAGAACUACGAGCUGUGUCGGCAGAGCCACAACACCAUUUAUUUUUGGUUACCUCCACAAUGGCUACUCAACCUUUAUGGCUAAUUAAUGCAUUAGUAGAGACCUGUGUCUCUGGAGGACCUUUUUCCUUAAAUGGACCUUCUGCUUCAUUAAAGUCUAAUCCUAACUCUAUAACGACAAUUGCAUCAUUGGUACAUGAGGAGAACUUUUAUCAUAAUGCGUUAAGAAAAUUGAAAGUAAAUGCUAAUGGGUAUCAAGUACUUGAUAUUUUAACUAAUUUUAUAUUGAAGAAUAAUGACAAACCUAGUGAUAAAGUAUUGGAUGAAUUGUUAGAACUUUUCCCUGCAGAUGUCCAAUCCACUAUUAUACUAGAACAACCAGAACUAUUAUUAUCUUUAAUUCGUGGUUUAACUGCAGAUGAGUUAAAUAAGAAAUUUAUAUUACCACUUAUGAAGAAAUGUAAAUUGCUAAUAGUUGCUUCAAGUAUUGAUCUUUUCCAAAAUAAUGAAAAUGAGCCAUUGGAUACUAAUAACAGCGAUGUUCAAGAAUUCACAAGAUUUGUGACCAGUCUCAUUUAUAAUAGUAUUGUCGUGAUGAAUUUAAGAUCGUUGGAUACUGGACGUUCCAAGGACGUUACUGGCUCAUUAAUGAUUUCCAGAGGUGGUCAAUCCACAAACUCACCAUUAUCUGUCCAUGUCGUAGAGAACGAAUAUCUAUAUCUAACACAAAAGGAUUCCACCAAAUUAUUUUAUCGAUAA